AACAAAAGGCCCAGGAGAUCAUUGAAAAAAGGCCCUGCCAAGGGAAAGCAAGACCGUCCAUGUGAGGGAGAGUGGCCUGCUUUGAACAAUCCAGACAAAGUGCUUUCGAUGGAAGAGAAGCCAUUACAGGAGAACACCAUCUCUAGAAGCUCUCAAAAGCUAGAGGAGGCCGGCGGGAACCAAGGCCCAAGGAAGAAGACCGGCAUUGGAAAUGGUGUAAUGCAAAAAGAGACGUCUGAACACCAGCAGGAGAAAGCUGAGUCUUCUCGGUCGAACCCUGGCUUGGCAGAGCAGGAGAGCCCAACCAGAGAUCCUGAGGCCGACGUGGACUUCGCUGAAUGUAAUGGCCAUAGGGUUUCGUGUCUGAGAGCAGAGCCUGUGAUCAAGAAAGUUAAGCUGGAACCCGAACAGAGCGUGUGUGAGACUGGGGAUGAAAACAAGCUGGUUCCUGACCAGAAGGGAAAGGAAGCAUCGCCCUGUUUAGGAACGGAAGGUGCCGUAGUGGAAGAGAGGAAGGAAAAGAAGAAGGGUUCUGGACCAAAGCAGGAGAGAGGGGGCCGUGAAGGGCCGGAGGAGAAGCUAGAGGGCCACAGCGAAGCAAGGACAGUGGCGGAGGAGGACUCAGAAGGUGCGAAAGACCGGAAGAAUAAGAAACUGCCGAAGGAUACGAAGACCCAAGGAAAGGAGAGAAAGUCAGCGGGGGAGAAACAGGUGAAGGGUGAGCAAGAGUCCGAAGAAGACAGUGGGGUGGAAAUGGUCAGAAGGCUUUGCGGGAAGGAAGAAGAGGAGGAGGAGGCAGCGAUGGUGGGAGGCACACAAGCAGAAGGCCACGCUGGGCGUCAGAAGCUGGCCAAAAGGAAGAGGAGCCGAGCCAAGGAGACCAUCCACCAGGACGGAAAGGAAGAGAAGUCCCAGAGGAAUCAAGGCCAGAGAGGCCCCCGAAAAGCCGAAAGCCGGCAGGGCGCCCGGAAGAGGAAGGCUGAAGAGGACGGGGACCCAACCAAGAGGAAGAAGAAGAGGAAGGAGGAAAACGGGGAAUGCAAGGCGAACGCCAAGGAGGAGAGGUGGAAGUGGUGGGAAGAGGAGAAGCACGAGGAUGGGGUCAAAUGGCACCAGUUGGAACACAAGGGACCCUACUUUGCACCACCCUAUCGUCCUCUGCCGGACGUUGUCAACUUCUACUACAAUGGCAAACAUAUGAAACUGACCCCAGCCGCCGAGGAGGUUGCAACGUUCUACGCCAAGAUGCUCAGCCAUGAGUAUACCACCAAGAAGAUCUUCCAGAACAACUUCUUCAAUGACUGGAUAAAGGAGAUGACACCGGUGGAAAGGAAGAAGAUCAAAGACCUCGGGAAGUGUGAUUUCACAGAAAUCCAUAAGUAUUUUGUGGACAAACAGGAGGCACAGAAAGCAUUGCCCAAAGAGGAGAAGCAGAAAUUGAAAGAAGAGGCAGAAAAAAUCAUGGAAGAAUAUGGUUACUGUAUCAUUGAUGGGCACCGGGAGAAGAUCGGCAACUUCAAAACUGAGCCCCCGGGGCUUUUUCGCGGCCGUGGAGACCACCCAAAAAUGGGGAUGCUGAAGAAGAGGGUGUUGCCUGAAGAUGUCAUCAUUAAUUGUAGCAAGGAUUCCAAGAUCCCGCAGCCCCCUCCGGGCCACACGUGGAAAGAAGUGAGAUGCGACAACACCGUCACCUGGCUGGCAUCGUGGACCGAGAACAUCCAGGGCUCCAUAAAAUACGUCAUGCUCAACCCCAGCUCCAAGCUGAAGGGGGAAAAGGACUGGCAGAAAUACGAAGUGGCUCGGCGGCUGAAAGGCGUUGUGGAGAAGAUCCGCGCUCAGUAUCGAGCAGACUGGAAGUCCAAGGAAAUGAAGAAGCGGCAGAGAUCCGUGGCCCUCUACUUCAUUGACAGACUGGCCCUGAGAGCGGGGAAUGAGAAGGAGGAAGGCGAGACCGCCGACACGGUGGGGUGUUGCUCCCUGCGCGUUGAGCACGUCACGCUGCACCCUCGGCUGAACGGGAAGGAGAACGUGGUGGAGUUUGACUUCCUGGGCAAGGACUGCAUCCGUUACUAUAACAAAGUGCCCGUGGAGAAACAGGUCUUCAAGAAUCUGCAGCUAUUCAUGGAAAACAAGGAGCCCGGAGACAAUGUCUUUGAUAGGCUGUCUACCGCGUCGCUGAAUAAACAUCUCCAGGAUCUGAUGGACGGUUUGACGGCCAAGGUGUUCAGAACAUACAACGCCUCCAUCACGCUCCAGGAGCAGCUGGAAGCGCUGACCAAUGAGGAAGACAACGUGGCGGCAAAGCUGCUCUCCUACAACCGGGCCAACCGGGCCGUGGCCAUCUUGUGCAACCACCAGCGGGCGACUCCAAAGACCUUUGAGAAGUCUAUGCAAACUCUCCAGAGUAAGAUCGACGCCAAAAAGAAGCAGGUGAAAGAAGCGAAGGCACAACUCAAGAAGGCCAAGGCGGAUCGCCAUUGCAAAAAGGAUGUGAAAUCCAAAGCCGCUGUGGAAAAGAAAAAGAAGAUGGUCGAGAAGAUGGAGGAGCAGCUGGCCAAGCUGCAAAUGCAAGCGACCGACAAGGAAGAAAACAAGCAGAUUGCCCUGGGCACCUCCAAGCUGAAUUACCUGGAUCCCCGCAUCAGUGUGGCCUGGUGCAAAAGGUUUUGUGUGCCCAUCGAGAAGAUUUACAACAAGACCCAGAGGGAGAAGUUUGCAUGGGCAAUCGCGAUGACGGACGAGGAUUUUGAAUUCUAACUGCCUCGAGAGCGUCUUCGGCUCGUUUUGGAAGACCGUUGACCUUUUUAUGCAUUUAUUAGGGGUCACUUUUGUGUGUGCAGAAUACACUUCUAAAAUAAGGCGGUGCCCAAUGUUUCCUCUUUUGUAGGAAAGGAAAGACCCGCCCUCAGGGGGGCAUCGGAAGGCGGGAACUGGCCACGUGGCCUUUCCUAGGUGUAACUCCAGGACAGACUUAAGCCGCCUUUGGUUGUCACCAUUUUCCUCUAUUGGGAAGCUGUGAUUCUGUAACGUAGACCAUGCCAGAUCAGCUCAAAUAUGCCAGCGAGCUACGAUCCCUGGCUUUUUUUGAGAGACCCAGUUUAAGCCUGUAGUGUGUGCAGAGAGCUUGGAGAUGUUAUUUGUGCAGAACACAACACCCGCAAUUCCCCAGCCGGUAUGGUCACGGUUGGGGGAUUCUGGGAAUUCUCUCCCGGAAGAUGUGACCUUUUCAGCUUCUUCUUAACUUUGCCACUAACAAUUUGGGUCAUUCAGGCUUGUUCCUUUCCGUUGCCCUGCCCAAUUUAUGAGAUGCUGGAAAAAACAUCCCUGUAGCCUUUUGGGAAGCAUCAAUCCGACAGAUUAUCCUAUCAUGCUUUACCAGCAUUUCUGGAAUUGCUUGGAGUAGUCCUCUAGUGAAAUUACAGGCUACCUUUCUCUCUAGCUCUUUAGAGGAUUCAUUGCUCCUUUUUUAAAAAUUCGUGUAGAAACAAUCGGUUUGACCAGAAAUAGUUCAGAGAGUUGCACAUGAGAGAGAGAGGGAGAGAAGGGUGGCUUUCAAACUCUUCAGGAAGAGCCACCCAAAGAUGGUUUUCCUAACCUAAGCCUUAUAUUCUCUGCAUCAGAGAUGUUCUUCCUUUCCACCCUUCUCUCCCAAACGUGCGCAUUAAAAAAAUUAGGCAUGCAUCCUGAGACUGUUUGGGGUCCAUUGAGGCACAUGCAGGAAUGCACAGUUGAAUUUGGAACCAAAGAGCCAUGAUGGUAGUUGUGUAAAGUAGUUGAGAUGAAUCUUUCAGAAUUUAAUUUUUUUCUCUCUCAAAAAAGCAAGCAGAUGAGCCGGAACCCUGUUGGCUUAUGAAACUAAUUGUAGCUCAUUGAUAAGGGUCUGAUGUGUGCACCCCGGUGAUGCAAGCAGGCACGCAAUCAAGAUGUGCCAUGGCCCGUUGUCCGUGCGCCACAACAAGUUGCACAAACUUUGUGUGAAUAGAUAUAUGGGCCCUUAUUUGAGGAAGGAAAUGACAGCCCUUUACAACAGAGGGAAGGAGAGGUUCUGUUUUAUUAAAAAGUGAAGAAAGCAUCAGCGUUACAUGCUGUAGAGUGGGAAUCUUAGGCAAUACAAGUCAAUGGCGGUCACUUGAAUGAACAUUAUACUUGGUUUGCACUGUGUAUAGACUGUAGCAUGUUGUUGAUUUCCGAUUGGCAUGCACUGGUUUGGUUUCGGAAGAUGCUGAGCUGUGCAGCAGUAUCUGUAGCCAAACAUUAGGCACAAAAUGAGGGGAAGGAUAGAGGAAGGGGGUCUGGAUUGCAAAAGUUUACGCUGUCAAUCUGCAAAAAUUCCAAGGCAUGGCACAGAAGUUUGGUGGACAGUAUGUUUAGCUUAUAUUCAUGGGUAAAGGGAAGAUCGGGGGCAGGGGGGCAGAAGAAGCACUGUGGAUGAUGCCCUGUAUCCUUGGCCAUUAUCACUCCUGGUUUGCUAGUAUUCCUGUAAAGGACAGUUGGGGGAUGUAAAGUUAAUUCUGCUUCCCUAUGACGAUUUUCACCACUGGUGAAUGUUAUGACAGUAAGCACAGAUACUAAUUCAGUUCCAUUUCCUUAAAUAGAAGGACAUUUGAAAAUAAGUGCAUAGUUGGUUAAAAGUGCUCUCGUGUCUAAAGAAUUCCCACCGUCACCUUCAGAUUUCAAGGAGCAUGGGUUUUUGAGUGCAUUCGCUUGUUUCUGUUUGCUGUUGCUUGGAAAAAGACUUUGUUAAAAUAUGAUUAUUAUUAUUUUUUCUGUAUCGGUCUGCAUUUUGGAGGUCAAUGCUCAUAAUGAAAGCAGGAGGUGCCCGCUUAAGCCCCUUGACAUUGCUUUGUCUUUGGAAACACACUUGCUACAAAACAUAAAGGAAAAUGUUGAACAGGAGAGUUAAGAAAUAUGGCCCAAAUGUAAACAGCUUAAUUUUGUUCCCCAGAUUCCAAAGAAUGAAUCAGGGAACACCUUUGAGUUUAUUAGAAUUCCCUCUCACUGAGAAUUGCAUAUUUGAAUUUGCAAUAUUCCCACAGCACGGAUUGCACAUGUGAUGGGCGUGGAAUACUUCAGAAAUUGGAAUUUGCACUCUGAACUGUGAAAUGCUACUAUUUUGGCAUUUCCAGGAUUUGUUUGGAAUUUAUAAAUUACGUUUCUGUGUUUCAAUGUUGUUUCUGUUCUAAGAUAUUGUGCUUAUUUCUUUGGGUUGGAAAUUGUUUCCGCCAGGGAAUGUAAACUGACUGUUUUCAGCUUCGCCUCAAAACCUGGGUCUGUUUCUGUUGUUCUUUACUACAUCAGCAGCACUUAUCCCCUUCAAGCUGCAUUUCUCUGCCUUGGUUCAUUAUGUUAGGUCAAGGUAUCUCUUUAAACCUUUGCCUUUCUCUAAAGAUGCAAAGCCGUGUUGGACAGAGUGGAGAUCUUCAACCCAUACUCUUGUUUU